CCCCGGGGGGUGGGAGGUGGGGUGGGGGGAGGGAGCGCACCCAGGAAUUCUCGGGCAUCACCCCCUGCCCCAAGCACGCAAUAAACACUGACAAGAAAAAGUUUUUAUUUCCUGGUUCAACUUUUUUUUUUUUUUUUCCUGGAAUAUAGACUGAAGAAUGGGAAUAAACACGAAUAAAUAACAGAGCGAGGCCGCGCACGCCGGGAUGCGCCUGGCUGCAGCCGCGAGGCUAUUGUCUCACCGCCCUGAAGCCAGCCCCGGCCUCGUCCUCCGGCUUCUUCCCUUUCCCCGUGCUUUUUGAUUUUCCUUUUUAAAAAGACGCCCCCUCCAGUCCCCUGGCCAGUGACCUUGGCCUCCUCGGAUGCUCUGAUUACACGCGGCUCGCUCCAACUUGCCCCCGCGCCGGCCGGGCCCAUGGCCGCGUCCGAGGACGGGAGCGGCUGCCUCGUGUCGCGGGGCCGCUCGCAGAGUGACCCCAGCGUCCUCACCGACUCCUCGGCCACGUCCUCCGCGGACGCCGGGGAGAACCCAGAUGAGAUGGACCAAACCCCCGCAGUGCGCUCCGAAUAUCUGCUCUCAGGGAUUCGAACUCCCCCCGCGAGGAGAAACAGCAGGCUGGCCACCCUGGGUAGAAUCUUCAAACCCUGGAAAUGGAGGAAAAAGAAAACCGAAAAGUUGAAGCAGACGACGUCCGCCUUGGAGAAGAAGAUGGCCAGCAGGCAAGGUCGGGAGGACCUCAUCAAGAAGGGGCUCCUGGAGAUGAUGGAGCAGGACGCUGAGAGCAAAGCGUGCAGCCCCGACGGAGAUCCCCGACUCGCGCAGAGUGAACCUUCCACUCCCAAGCAGGAGCCGCUGACCUCGGAGGAAGCCCAGCUGGGGAGCCCUUUGGCCACUGGGACGGAACAGGCUUCCCUGGAUGAGACGCUGUCCUCGGACACCCCUUCAGACGAUGCAGCCAAGAUGUCGUCAGCAUCCAGAGAUGAAGAAGCAGGUGCUGCUGGCAGCCUCCCACCUACCACGGACGAGCCCUCUCAAGCCUUAGCUGGGUCCGACUCCCUGGACAGUCCUCCCAGACCCCUGGAGAGAUCCGUGGGCCAGCUCCCCAGCCCCCCGCUGCUGCCCACCCCACCGCCCAAGGCGGGCUCCAAAACCACGAGAAGCGUCACAGGCCAGGCCACGCUCUUCCAAGGCUCUGGCGGGAAGAGUACUGAUCCUCCUCUCCGAGGCCAGCUUUCCACGCCCACGGGGUCCCCCCAUCUCACCACCGUCCACCGGCCGCUGCCCCCCAGCCGAGUCAUCGAGGAGCUGCACAGGGCGCUGGCCACCAAGCACCGCCAGGACAGUUUCCAAGGCAGGGACAGUAAGGGGUCCCCGAAGAAGCGCGUGGACGUGCGGCUGUCGAGGGCGUGCAGCGUGGAGCGGGCCAAGGAGUGGGACGAGGCUUGGAGCUUUGACGGAGCCUCGGACGGCAAGUGGACCGUGGCUAAGGAGUCCGAGGAGAACAAGGAGAACUUGAUCAUGAAUUCCGAACUCAAGGAUGACCUGCUUUUGUAUCAAGACGAAGAGGCCCUGAAUGACUCCAUCAUCUCUGGAACGCUGCCGAGGAAGUGCAAGAAGGAGCUCCUGGCGGUGAAACUGAGGAACCGGCCCAGCAAGCAGGAACUGGAAGACCGCAAUAUCUUCCCCAGGAGGACGGCUGAAGAGAGGCAGGAGAUCCGGCAGCAGAUUGAGAUGAAACUCUCCAAACGGCUGAGCCAAAGACCCGCCGUGGAAGAACUGGAGAGAAGAAACAUCUUGAAACAAAGGAAUGAUCAGACAGAGCAGGAAGAAAGAAGAGAAAUCAAGCAAAGAUUGACAAGAAAGCUUAAUCAGAGGCCCACGGUUGAUGAGCUGAGAGACAGAAAGAUCCUCAUCCGAUUCAGCGACUACGUGGAGGUGGCGAGGGCGCAGGACUACGACAGGCGGGCAGACAAGCCCUGGACGAGGCUGUCGGCGGCAGACAAGGCAGCAAUUCGUAAAGAACUGAAUGAAUACAAAAGCAAUGAAAUGGAGGUGCAUGCGUCAAGCAAGCAUCUGACCAGAUUCCACAGGCCAUAGAGAUUUUCUUCUGAGAAGAAUUGUGUUUAAUUUUUUGAUACCAACACUGAACAUUCAUCAGGGAACUUUCCUGAAGUUCAGCUCACGACUCCCUGCUGUGUUUGUGCGAGGAGCAGGACCACACACACAGGUGAAAUCUUGGCCGCACUCACCUGUAAGAGGACCGGCAGGGGACACUCUUCACUCUCUGGUGUCUGAGGAGUGUGAACUGCUGGGGUCAGUAAAGACCCCAAGUAACUCGACCAGAAGAAGACUGUUGUUUGCCUUCCCGCCUUGUUUUGCAGUUCUGCGGUGUGACCAGGGACGGCCACGUGCGUGUGCAGGGUCACCGCGCCGAGGCUCCGACUGAGGGACGUGUACACAGUGUCUUCAGUACCGUGUGGAAAAGACGUUUUUAUUCUGAUCACAAUUAAUUUGAGAACUCUUUAAGUUCGUGUUAUACAAAAUGACUUACUGUAUUAUUCUUUUUUUAUAUGAUGUCUAACAAAAAAUGCAGCUGCAACAUUU